AUGCACAAACAUAGGAAGUUCGGGAGACAUCGAUGUUUCCCAAUUCCAAAUAAACAACCGAACGUCACGAAUUACAUGUUUGUUCAAAUCUAUUCAAGAGCUUCGGGAAAAUACAUUCAAGUUAAGAGGAACGGAGUUGACGCUGGCGGCGUGAAUGGCUCACAAUAUGCGUUACUGAAGCUGGAGACGGGCGACUUGGCGAGUCUUGUUACCAUCCAAGGGGUGAAAACAAACCGUUACCUCUGCCUAAAUAGGAUAGGACACAUCGUUACAAGGAAGAAAAAGCAAGAAUUUUCAACGAUGAAGAGGUGCGAGUUUUACCAAGAAGAUGUUAAGGGCUAUGACCAAUACAGAUCAGCCAAGUAUCCACAAUGGAUCUUGGGUUUCUCCAGACGGGGUCGCAUUUUGAGCGGAAUCAAGAGUGCCAAUUGCAAAAGUAAAUGCAGUUAUUUCUUGCGAUACCAGCAGCCAAACGCUCAGACAAGAAAACAUCGCAGGAACCUGAGGCAGAUGCUUGGAAAGCUUAUGAGACGUUAA